GGAGCGCCGUUAGUUAGGGGGUGCCGCCAUUGCCGCCCCGUUUGAGUCCCGAGUAGCUGCCGGGAGGCCGCUGAGUGAUUGUCCCGGCUGCUCGCGCCGCCUGCUCCCGCAGGCCCUUUGGGAAGGACACCUGCGCACGCCCGGCGCGGAAAAUGGAGCCUGUGACCUUUGAGGAUGUGGCUGUGAACUUCACCCUAGGAGAGUGGGCUUUGUUGGAUUCUUAUCAAAAGGAGCUCUACAGAGAUGUGAUGAAGGAAACCUUUAGCAACCUUAUCUCCAUAGGGAGAACUGAAGAAGAAAAUAUUGGAGAGGAUUACCAAAAUAUUAGGAGAAAUCUGAGCACUCAUGUGAUUAAAGGAUUUUAUGAAUUUCAACAUGGCAUUCAAUAUGGAGAAGCCCACCAACAGAUUCGAGAGCAUAUUGUUAAUGAGUGCAUGCCUCCUGGGAUAGUAGUAUAUGAAAACAGUGUGUGUGAAAAUGAUGCCAUUGGUCUUUCACAGUCAGCUAUGCACCUCAGAGGUCCAACUGUAGAGAAACCAUAUGAGUACCAGGAAUGUAUGGAAAAGCCUUUUAAACAUAAAUUUUGGAAAAAUUUUACAUAUUCUGAGUCCUUUCUUACCCUUGAGAAUCCUUCCAGAAAGAACCCCUAUGAAAACAAUCUAUCUAAUGAACAUUGUAGGAGUCUCAUUUCUGAACAAGAUUAUGACACGGCUCAUAGUGGAGAUAAUCUCCAUGAAUAUAAGCAGUUUGAAACAGCUCUUACGGCAUGUAGUUAUGUUCAGUCAUUUGAUAAGCCCCAAACUGGAGAAAAACCAUUUGUGUGUAAGCAGUGUGGAGAAGCCUUCAUUAAUUCCAGUCACCUUAUCAAACAUCAUAAAAUUCAUACUAGAGAGAAGACUUUUGCAUGUAAGUAUUGUGGGAAAGCUUUCAUCCAUCCAAGGGCCUGUUACAAUCAUGAACGAACUCACACUGGAGACAGACCUUAUGUAUGCAAGCAAUGUGGGAAAGCAUGUAUUCAUUCUUACCACCUUCUGCAACAUGAGAGAAGUCACACCAGAGAAAAACUUUAUGCAUGUAAGCAGUGUGGGAAAGUAUUUGGACGUUCUUCAUACCUUCGUAAACAUGAAAGAAUUCACACUGGAGAGAAACCUUAUUUAUGUAAGCAUUGUGGGAAAGCCUUCAGUGAUCCCACAACCCGGAACAAUCAUGAAAGAACUCACACUGGAGAGAAACACUAUGUUUGUAAACAGUGUGGGAAAGCCUUCAUUCGUUCCUCUCAGCUUCUGAUCCAUGAAAGAAUUCACACUGGAGAGAAGCCUUACUCAUGUAAACAUUGUGGGAAAGCCUUCACCUAUUCCAGUGCCUGUUAUAUUCAUGAAAGAAUUCACACUGGAGAGAAACCCUAUGUUUGUAAGCAGUGUGGAAAAGCAUUUACAUGUUCCACAUACCUCCACAAACAUGAAAGGAUUCAUACUGGAGAGAAACCUUAUUCAUGCAAGCAAUGUGGGAAAGCUUUCAUCCAACAUAGGGCUUGUUACAAUCAUGAAAGAAUUCAUACUGGAGAGAAACCAUAUGUAUGUGUGCAAUGUGGGCAUGCAUUCACUUUUUCAAAGUCCCUUCAAAUCCAUGAAAGAAACCACACUGGAGAGAAACCAUAUGUAUGUAAGCAAUGUGGGAAAGCCUUCACAUGUUCUACAUAUCUUCACCAACAUGAAAGAACUCACAAUGAAAAGAAAUCCAGUGGAUAGAAGUUAUACCAAUGUAAAUCAUACAAGAGUCUUUAUAGCCAGCUUGAUAUUAUUGCAAGGAAUGAAAAGUUUGGAGAAAAUACAAGAGAAUAUGAGACCAGCAGUUGUGUAAUUUUACUUACAUAUGCAAGUGUACAUAGGAUAAAACCGUUUGUUGUACCAGGCUUGUUGGUGCAUGCCUUUUAUUCCAACACUAGGGCAGUGGAGGUUUAGAUGAUUGCAGCAUUGAGUAAACCUUAGGCUACAUAGUGGGUUUAACUCUGCUUGGGAGAUUUGAGGAGAGCCACUUCUAACCAAAUAAAAUUGUCAUUGUAAAAAAAUAAAUGAAAAUUAUAUGUUUCAAAUAAGAGUCAUUAAUUUUUCUCAUGUGGUUGAUUAUUGUAUAAGCAAGAAACAUGAACUGGAAGCAUUUUUUAUAGAAUAUUACUGAGAACCUGAAAUAUACUAAGAAUUUUAAUAAAUAUUUUAAUUUUUGUUCCAUUCUCAUACAUAUACAAGAUCUCUUGACUUAAAAAGCUUUUAAAGUGUGGUUUGGCAAGUAAAAUAAUUUUAACAUUAUUUCACCUGCCUGUUUUCCUCAAUGACUGGAAAUCAGGGACAGGACAAGAACUUUAGCCCACAGCUGAAAACCGCUAGGACACGCAGCAAGGAACAGCAAUAGCAACUGGAUAAAGAAACUACUUGAAUUCUGGUGAUAAAAGUAUGUUUGGUAAAUCAUUAAAAUUCAAUUUAAUGGCUGUUUUUACAUCAAGUAAUAUAGUUUCCUUUGGUAGUAAGCUGUAUUGGGUUUGUUAAAUUCAGAUGCAUUUAUAAUCAUCCAGUAUGCUUAAUUUUUAGUUACAUUUUGAGUAAUAGUGUUUCAUGUGUAGUUGAAAACAUAUACUUGUUAAUUGUUAGUAUUUUCUUUCUGUCAUUUUACAGCAUGUUCUUUUUUAAACUGUUACUAUUAAUUGCUUGGCAAUUUCCUUACAUUUAGGUGCAUACUUAGAUUUUAUCAAAGCAAUAUUCUUACAUAGAUUUUAUAUUUUGUAGUUUUAGUAUAUAUGUUCUUCCAAAAAGUUUUCUAUGUAUGAUUAUUUAUACAGUGUGUGUGUGUGUGUGUGUGUGUGUUUGUGUGUGUGUGUGUGUGUGUGUGUGUGUGUGUGCGCGCGCGCGCGUGCGCGCACGCACAUGCCAUUAGCACAAGUGUAGAGCUCAGUGGACAAGAUUCAAGCUUGUCUUCCCUGCCAGGCUUCCUCAGCAAGCACUUUUUCUCAUUGAGUCUCAUCACCAGCCCCAAAUGUAAUUUUUGAACUAUUGUUGUUGGGGGGUUGUUUGUUUGUUUGUUUAUUGAGACAUUGUCUUUCUACAUAGCUCUGACUUUCCACAAAUUUACUAUGGAAACUAGGCAGGCCUCAAACUCACAGAGAUCUGCCAGCCUCCAACUCCCAAAUGCUGGGAUUAGAAAUGUAUGUGACACCAUACCUGGCUGACUUUUGUACACUUUUUUCUAAGUAUUUUAAAGAAUGUUAACUUCCCCAUUAACUCAGAAGGCACCUUCAUAUUCAACAUAGUUUAAAAUUGUAUAUUUUUUUUUUGUCUUUUGUUUUGUUUGGGGAUUUUUUUUGAAGCAGGGUUUCUCUGUAUAACAGGCCUGGCUAUCUCAGAACUCACUUUGUAGACCAGGCUGGCCUCGAAUUCACACCUAGAUUAAAAUUGUAUAUGUUUACAAGUUAAAACCCAUUGUCAUGUUCAUCGAUUUGAAACUGGUUUUAUUUUAUGCUUACAUUGUUAAGCUUUUAUUAUAGAUUUUUCUUUGCUAGUUAAAACAAGAUGUAUAUACCAGGCUGAUAUAAGUGGUUCUCUGGACAAAAAUGAGCAAGAUCAUACAUACCAUUUAUCUCAAUAAAAUGUAGUGAAUUCUAGUGAAUCUUUUCCAUUAAGAUUAAUUAUAGUGUUAUUCCUUGUUAGAUGCAAUUUCUAACCUGCUUGAUACUUGUUUUAGAUGAAUUGAAUACACUUUAAUGUAGUCUGGGGUUUCUAUUUGUUAAAAGUACUUUGUGGUUGAAUAUAGUUCUGUCUUUUGUAAUUGUGGUAAUUGUCUCACCUGGAAGGUUGUGAUAUAGUGAGAGAAAGUAGUAAUUCAUAAGUACGAGUUAAUCUCAUUUUAAAAGAGUGGAAGUUUUGUUCAUUUUCAUGAUUCAGAUUAUGUUUGAAUUUUCAGGCGAUAUUCAGGAUGUUACUAUUUUAAUAUAUCCUAGUUACUGGGGAGCAUGUCCUACUUUUGCAAGUAUCACUUUUCUAGGAAUUGCUUUUCCCUGUUUUACUUGCUAUCUACUAGGUAUUUCAUUAAAAUGUAUUGAACUCAGCUGGGCGUUGGUGGUCCACGCCUUUAAUCUGAGCACUCAGGAGGCAGAGGCAGGCGGAUCUCUGUGAGUUCAAGACCAGCCUGGUCUACAAGAGCUAGUUCCAGGAAAGCCUCCAAAGCCACAGAGAAACCCUAUCUUGAAAAAAAAAAAUGUAUUGAACUCUUUUCCAUUAAUAUCAAUGCUUCCUUGAUUCCGUAAGAUUGCAUCCUUUUAAAUCAUGGCAUGACCCGUCCAGCAGGUCCGGUUAUUCCAGGAUCUGAAGAGGUACUGCCUGAAUCAUGGGUGAGAGAAAGAAAGGAGACCAAGCAAGAUUCUGUUGUCAGGUCUCACUUUAUUGAGGGAAUAAUAAGACUUAUAUAGGGAUGUGGCAAGGAGGGAAUGUAGAGGGAGGGAGUGAGGAGGAAGAAGGGAGCAAGGCCACUGGCGGUUGAGCUCCCUGGAUGGACCGCAGGGCCACAUGGAGGAGGAACUGAGGAGGGAGCAGGGAGUUAGUGCACCUGGCGUUUUGCAUUAGGCUAUCUAAAAAAUGCCUGUUGCCUAAAAGCCUUCUAUGUUUCUUGUCCUCGGAGCUGCUUAUCUCUUCCAGGAAUAGAACAGCUAGGGGCAGCAAUUGCCAGGUGGCAAGUUCUUCAAGGACCUGUAGUUUUCCACUGCUCUGAAUGGCCCCUUAACUUAUGGCUCCCAACAAUGGCAAGUGGGAAAAAGUGAAGAUUUAUAUUUAAUACAUCUAAACUGGUGAAUAUUAGCCUACAUGUUACUUUGCCAUAGUUACUUAGGGUAAGGUUUGUUAAAACCAUCAAGCCAUGUGUUUUUCAUUUGGGUGUAAUAGGCUAUGGAAUGCUUGCUAAGUGUAUUUGUAUGCAUGAUCAUCACAGUGCAUCACUAUUGCUGCCCCAAUCAUGAUACCAAAAAAAAAAUAUAACUCAGCAUAUUGCUAUGAGCAUGAGAUUAGGCAUUAAGAGCAUAUGCCCACUUAUUUUUGCUCUUUUGCUUUUCCCUUGUCAUGUUAUUUUUUUUAAAAAAAAGCUCAUGUCGUAAGUCAUUUAACUUUCUUAUGUCAAUGAACAUACCUAAGUCCAUUCAGUUAGAUGUCUUAAAAUCUAAUCUCCUUUAUGACUACAAAACUAGAAGUAUGUAUAUAUGAGUUUUCCCAAUAGAUGCCUAGUAAUGGACAGAAACAGCACCAUUGUUUCAAACAAGUUUGUGAUUCUCAGAAAAUAUGUAUUGGACUGUACUUUUCUAAUUUAUUUCACAUGUCAGCAUGGUAGAUUAGGAACUUUCAGAAUUAAGCAUGAAAUAUGUAGGUACCCUUUGUUGCCCACAGUUGUGGAAAAACUUAUUGUUGCAAUGCCUGGUGUUGAUAAUUUGAAAAAUGUGAAGUUCUAUACAAAUGUUGAACCAAUAUUUAUAAGAUGGAAAUAAAGCUAGGGUUAGAAUUCAGUUUUAGAAUACGUGUCCAACAUUUUUUACUUUGGCUUUGAUCCCCACCACUGCCAAAACAAAGAGAAAGCAAAGAUCAAAAUAAAGGUUGUUGAUAAAAUUAAACUUUGUAAAUAUGA